AUGGCUUGGUGGAAAAAAGGAGCUCCAUCUGCCCCUGAAGGAGAAAAAGCAACAAAAAAGGAGGCAAAAGAAGAGGAAAAAAAGGUCGAGGAGCCAAACAAUAAGCCUAGCUGGGCAAAGGCACCAGCAAAAGAAGAUUCUAAGGCUGCCCAGCACAAAGAGCCAGCUUCAUCGCAAAGGCCAGAAAUAUCCAAAUCAGCCUCAAUAGAAGAAACAAAGACGGCUUUGACACCAAGCAAGACUUUGCCUAUACAAAAUAUCGAUUUCAUAGAAAAAGGAGAGCUAGUGAGAGCAGGUACUGGCUUAUAUAAAGGGCUAAUAAUAGGGACUUCAAAUAAAGGUGAGCGAGACCGUAUUAGAGCCCUUUUCGAUACCCAGCAAGUUCUUUACACUGAUCCUCAGUUUCCUCCUGAACAAUCUAGCUUAGCUAACUCCCCCCCCUCCGUGAGUGAACAAAACCAUUAGAAAAAUCGCUAUUUUUUGCCCAAAAAACCCACCCUCCGUGAGUGAACAAAAAUUUUUUUAAUCGAAAAAUUUUUUAUGUAAAAAAAUUUUGAUAUAUUAAUGAUAAUUAGUAUAAUGAAAUCUAGAGCCAAUUAUGUUUAAUUUUAAACGAAUUGCUUUUUAAAACAUAAAUUUUAUAAAUUAAAUUAACAUUUGUUUCCAUUUUUUGCGAAUUAGGAUUUUUUUAAAUUUCAAAAAAAUAUAUUUUUUAUAAAAUUUAUAUAUAAAUGUUUAAUUAACCCCCCUCCGUGAGUGAACAAAAUUUUUUUGUUCACUCACGGAGGGGGGGGGAGUAAGAAUUUUUCUGGGCUAUCCUAUAGUGAACAAAAGCUAUGAAAAUCUUUUCAAUGGAAACGUGCAUCAGAAAUUUAUAAAAAGAUAAUUAAUUAUUUUUUCUCGGAUACUUCCCUUGGCAAGCAUUUUCUCGGCACUGUUUAGUUGAAAAUUUUUUCGUAAGACAUUUACUCGGAAAAGCUUAUUAUGUAUUGCAAUAAUUUCUUAUCAUGCAUAUGCAUGUCAUUUUGAAUUUUGGUAUAGAAAUUUUUAUCAUGGGCAAACAGCGCCAUCUAUGGGAAAUUUCUAUAUGUGAAAACAAAAAAAUGCGUUUCAAAAAGCAGAUUUUAGUGCUGCAAAUUCUUAAUUUAAAAUUUCAUAUUAAAAUGGCGCAUAUAGCGUCCAUAAGAAAUUUUACCAACGGAUUAUAUUAAUUUUGCGAGAUAAAUGCCUCAAAAAGACUUACCAAUGCUUGUUGAGAAAAAUCUAGAUCAAGAGGCUUCUAGAAUUAUAAUAUUCCGAACUACUGUUUUUUAAAAGCAAUUAAGGCUUAAUGAUGACAUAAUACUACUGAAAUUCUCAUAUUAUAUACAAAAUUUAUAGUCAGCCUAUAAAAGUUUUCAACAAUAUCGAUCCAAAUGAUAUCUUGCAAGGAGACCUUGGAGACUGCUAUUUCUUAUCAACCCUUUCUGCAAUAGCUGAAUUUCCUAAAAGAAUUGAAAAACUUUUUGAUACCCAAGAAUACCAGCCAUCAGGCUGCUAUACAGUCAACAUUUGUGACAUGGGGACAUGGACUGACUACGUUAUUGAUGACUUUUUCCCUUAUAACCCAAAAAAAGAAAAAGUCGCAUUUUCAGGGCCACAUAUCCAAAGCGGGAUAAGCGAACUUUGGGUACUUUUGAUAGAAAAAGCUUGGGCUAAAAGAUUUGGGUCAUAUAAAGCUAUAGACUCAGGGCUUACACAAGAUGCAUUAAGAGACCUAACUGGAGGCCCAUGUGAGACUUUGCCAAUAGAAGAUGAAAAUUUGUGGGAAAAAGUUCUUACUCCCCCCCCUCCGUGAGUGAACAAAAAAAUUUUGUUCACUCGCGGAGGGGUGUUAGUUUUUUUGUUUUUAAAAACAUUUAUAUAUAAAAUUUAUAAAAAAUAUUUUUUUUCGAAAUUAAAAAAAAUCUAAUUCGCAAAAAUUUGAAAGCAAAUAUUAAUUUAAUUUAUAAAAUUUAUGUUUUAAAAAGCAAUUCGUUUAAAAUUAAACAGAAUUAUCUCUAGAUUUCAUUAUACUAAUUAUCAUUUAUAUGUCAAUUUGUUUUUCCAUAAAAAUUUUUUGUAUUAAAAAAAUUUUUGUUCACUCACGGAGGGUGGGUUUUUGGGCAAAAAAUAGCGAUUUUUCUAAUGGUUUUGUUCACUCACGGGGGGGGGGGGGGGAGUUAGUGCCGACCAAAGAGAUUUUAUUAUAACAGCUUCUAGCUCUGGAGAAGAAGGAAACGGCGAUGCGAUAAAUGAGCUUGGCUUAGUUACCCUUCAUGCGUAUUCUGUAAUUGCUGCAAGAGAAAUCAUAUCAAGAAGAGGCCCAGAAAAAUUAUUACAAAUCAGAAACCCAUGGGGUUCUCAAGAAUGGCAAGGUGCUUGGUCAGACAACUCAGACCUAUGAACUCCUGAGCUUAAACAACAGCUAGGCUGGAGUAAUGAAGAUGAUGGGACUUUUUGGAUGUCUUUUGACGAUUUUUCAGAAUAUUUUUCAAAUGUCACCAUUUGUAGGGUCCAUGAUGAUUAUUACUAUGAGUCCCUACAUUAUACACAAGCUAAUAAUGCAUUUUCAGUAUUUAAAGUGACAGUUCAUGACGCAGGGGAGACUUAUUUUAUCUCUACACAAGUAGACGAUAGGGUUUUUAGUACUGAAAGUGGCUAUACUUAUUCUCCUGCUAGAGUCAUUGUAGCUAAGGUAAAUGAAAAUAUUGAUCAAGACAGAUUAUCAUAUAUAAAUGCAGUCGGAAACUACGAAGAAAGAGAUGUGUGGUGCAGCUCUGAGGUAGAAGCAGGGACGUAUUUGGUAUAUAUAGAAAUCAAUUUUUCAGGGAACUUUACGAAUCAGCUUGCAUUUUCUGUGUAUUCGGCAGCUCCGGUUACAAUAGAAGAUGUGACGUUCCAGGAAUGGGAUUUCAUAAGCCAGGUUUAUACGUGUGACUUGGCUAGGAAAGAAGUAAAACCUGCCUUGCUUGGCCCUGAUGUUUAUUUUUAUAGUGUAAAUCACUUUGGGGAGCGAAGUGAUGGAAAAGUAAAAGAAGGGUUUUUAUUUGAUGCGAUUGAAAAUUGUUCCAAAGAUUUAGUGCUGGAGAUGGAAGCUAUUCAUAAGACGAUGAUAAAUAUUGAGAUGCUAGGGCAGUUUGCGGGGGCUGAUACUUAUAAAGUGGUUUUGAGACCUGGAGAGAAAGCAGUGGUGGUUAAAAAGCAAAUUGACUUGGCGGCUGGACACACAACGGCACAAGUUAUAAAGAAAAAGAAAUUGACUUCGGCUUAA